AUGGCCUCACUUAACCCAUCGCCACGGUUUGGGGAGCCCAAGUCAUCGGCUUCGACCUUGCUGCGACAGCUCUAUCACUAUCGCCCACGAACACAAAGGGCCAAAACCCUCGCCCUCUCCGCCAUUGCAUUUCUUCAAUCCGAUCCCGAUUUCUGGACCAAAUUCCCAUCCCGUCACCCAUUUCCAGGGCGCCCAGAAGAUGCGCAGGUCGCUCUUUCUCCUAAAUCAGGCAUCACAAUCAACAGCACUCUCCCUCAUGAUCUCGAAAAGACCAACCCGUCCCUGCACCUCCUGGUGCCCGCCACCAAGGGCUCCCGUGGCACAUGCCGAACGCUAACCUCGUCAAUGAUUCUGGGAUACCCGCCCCCAGUAAUCAUCGGAUACGGACACGAAAAGCACGGUGCGACCGAGUUCGAGCGCAUGGUGGAUCGCAUUACGCGCGUGCGCAAUUACCUCCGCGAUAGCAAGGCGGUUAAGGAUCGGGACUUCGUGCUCGUUGUGGAUGCCCUGGAUACAUUCUUCCAGUUGCCCCCUCAGGUCCUCGUUAAGCGCUUCCAGCAGAUCCUCCGCACGAACAAUCAAAAAUUGCAGAAGAAGUAUGGGUUUGCGGUGGUCCCGCCGUCCAAAACGGGUGCCUCCUCGGACCUGGUACAGAAGUAUUCCCAGCGAGUGCUAUUUGGCGCCAGCAAGAUCUGUUAUGCUGAUUUGGAGGAGGACCCCGGUUGUAUAUCCGUGCCGGAGUCCUCAUUACCUCCAGAUGUUUAUGGUUGGAAGACAGAUAUCUACCCAGAUGGACACAAAAACCGGCCCCGCUAUUUAAACCCCGGCGCGGUAAUCGGCCAAGCCGCCGAUUUGAAACUGAUAUACGACGAGGUUCUGCGUGCGGUUGAGCAGCGCCACAAGAAAAACGGUGACUACCAGGCUCUGACGCAGAUGUAUGGCCGACAAGAAGUGGUGCGGGAACUGGAGCGUCGCCGGACGACCAAUGGCGCCAAGGAGUGGCUUUACAAUCUGAUUGGGAUCUCCGAUGCAUCCAACCUUACGGGUAUAACUGUCCGACUGGAAACGGGCCAUCGCUACGAGUAUGGGAUCGGAGUCGAUUACAAGUCCGAACUAUUCUUCAACCAACACAUGUCCCAAGGCGACGUCGAAUGGCACAAAUUUAGCAACAUCACCAAGUCAUCCAUGCUCCAGGCUCAGUUCAGCGUCCCCCGAGAAUCCCGCAUGCUCCUCCCGCCAGACAUCGCAGCUCUCCCGAACCCAUUCAAUCAAAGCCGCCUUGUAAAGCAACAAACUACCAUCCCGGAAUGGAACUCCACUCUCGACAAAUUGCCCACCAUGCAUGACCAUACGUGGAACACACUCCCACUCAUGACAAAUCCACAUUCCGCCUCCGUCCCGGUCCUGGCACAUAUGAACGGCGAUCCGAAACUACGCAACGCAUGGUGGGAGAAGAUGUGGUUCUUCCCCUGGGGCCGAGCCCUGCUCCGAAAAUACGUGCGUGCCUCGCAAGGUUUUGAAGCCGCACAGUCCGCACUUCUAGGCGGACAGGACUUGUGGGAUGUCCGCGGUGGACGAGGCGGGCUCUGGACUGACGAUACGAGUUGGAUCAAACUUUCUGAAGUCUGCGAGGGACAGGAACGGGAUCUUUUCGACGAUGAUCUUGGCCCUUGGUCGAAGGAGAAUGGGGAUCCGGAUGCGCCUGUUUAUAAUCAGUUUGGGAAACUGAUUCGAGGCAAAGGGCCUGUGGAUGAGGAGGAUCAGUUUAAUUUUGACUUCUGGUGA